AUGUCGACCAAUGACAGGGGCCCUGACUCACUCGCCUCGAGAAUUGCCGAGAUGGAAAAGACGAUGGACCAGACUGUGACUGGCCUUGUGACAGAGGCACUCGGGACCCUUCGGAAAGAGAUCCGGGCGCUUGAUGACCGCUUGACUCGUCGGAUCGACAGCGAUCACAAAGAGGAGGCGGCGAACUUGUUCAACCUGAAGCGUGAGAUGACGCUCCAGAUAUCCGGUGACCUAACUGCUGCUGAGGAGCGCAUCACCAGACGUUUGGACAGCGAGCGUCGUGAACAAAAGGAAGCCGUUGCAGAGCUUCGCCGAGAAAUGAGCACCCAGCAAGCUGUGCAGGACACGGCCUCGUUCGCCACCCAACGCGUGGUGCCAAAGGAAAACGAGGAUAUUGGCAAGCUGCGAGCAUCCAUGGAACAGAUCAGCGCUGUGGCUGACAAUGCUCAGCAGGAUGUUGCUCGCCUUGCCCAAGAGCUUGCUGAGCAGAAGCUGCGAUGUGAGCGCAUGGAGAUGUCAAUUCGAACUUCUGUGCCAAAGAAUGAUGACAUCUCUGCCCUGCGGCACACCCUGGACAGAACACACCUUCUGGCGGAUCAGGCGCAGAAGGACUUCAAACGUCUCGAGAAGGACGUGGCAGAACAGAAGCUCCGUUCUGACAGCAUGGAGAACUCUGUGCAGAGCCUGGCGGCUCCGGCUGGAGGCAGAUUCGGUGUUGACAACGCAGAGCUGGCGAAGGUUUUAGCCAGAAUCAGCGCGGAGCCCGUGGCCCAAAUGGAGCAAAAGAUUCAGCAGCAAAUGAGCAACAUGGAGAAUCAUCUCGUCAAACAGAUCGAGGCUGCAACGGAGGAGUUCUCCGGAAAAAUUGCGGCUUUGGAUCAAGGCGCAUAUCAACCGGAGCAAGCCACGCCUGCGGCAUGUUCUGCGCACCUCCAGCAGCCCAUGCCGGAACCGGCGUAUGCUGACGAAGCUUACCCGGAAUAUGCGGCCCCGGAAUAUGCGGCCCCGGAAUAUGCUGCCCCGGAAUAUGCUGCCCCAAGCCCGGCAACCUACCAGCAGCAGCGCGCCUGCUACUGUGGAAGCAUCGGCUUGCCCGUCACGCGGGAAGCGGACAUCUACAGCGACCAUGGCCAAGUUUCUGAUCUUGGUCUGCACCCCACUUCCUACGGAUCCGUCCAAGCCCCUUUGUCGGGCGAUUACUUCGGCAGCUUGGAUGGCGACGGCGGCGGUGGAUAUGACACCGGCGGCGGUUAUGAAGAAGGAUACGAGCAAUUCGCAGGAGAUCAGAUAGCCCCGGCCCCCUUCGCGGCGACGGUUAGCUAUGGCCCUCCCACAGUGGUUGGCUUUGGGCCACCAGUGCUCCAUUCAGUCACCACCAGGAUGGGAAGGCCAAUGUCUCCAGUUCGCGAAGCUGUUCGCGAAUCAUCACCAAUCCGAGGUGCUUCACCCGUAAGGGGUGCUUCACCAAUUCGCGGAAUGUCGCCAAUCAGGUCCACAAUGCAGUAUCAGCCCAGGCACCGUGAGCUCUCUCCGAUUCGUGCGCGUAGCACAGGUGAUCCAACUGCGUACCACUUCAACCCAGACAGGCUCGCUUCCAAUGGCAGCGGCUCGCAGGAACGAGAUGGCUAUUCGCAUGCCGUUGCAUAA